CGGUGGUCUACGUCAAUUUUUAGCGUAAAUAUCGCGAUCCACGUAACGGAGUAAUAGAAAAUUAAGAAUGAUGAGUUUGUCAGUGAUAGUUAUUGAGAUGUAACACAGUGAAUCAAUAAAAGUAAUAUACCCGAUACAUACGACAAGGCGUGCCGCGUACACUCCGGACAUUUGCGAAAUCGCAAACGAGGAGUCACAAUUUCCCGUGUACAGAAAGAAGAAAAAAGAAAGAAGAGAAAUAUAUAUAAUUUUGCCACGAGCGUCGUUCCAAGAGUGUUUUAACCACGUAUUUAUCACUGGCUGAUGUGAAGUUAACCCGAACGAGCAAGAAAUAAGAGCAAUAUUUAGAAGACGUACAGUGAGUUGACUUUUCCGCGAAUUAAAGUUUUAAGGGAAAAGAGCAACGGAAUAGAAGAAAAAGACAAAAGUGAGAAACUUUCGUUGAUUGUGCUUGUAAUUGUUGGAGUACUUGGAAAUCAAUGAUAAUUGUGAAUCGUAUCGGCUUUCCUUUUCUGUGUUUGUGUAUCGCUAAAAAUACAAUAACAAUUUGCAACGACAAUGCUCGAGAAAGAAUUGAGGAAGCGACGGAGAAACGAGUGACGAAAAAAAACCUCAUCAAGAAGUCGAUAGCCUCCGGUGCACAAACCUUCUUUUAAUCAUGCUACAUCUUCAUUGUCUGAGUUGUAAUCUGUCUCAAUCGCAACUCUGAUACACAUUGAGAGCCCUUCAAAGAUUUUCCUUCGUUCGGGUUCGGGCCAACGCUUUGCCCCUGCCAAUUUCUAUCUUUGAUCAUACUUUUUUGUAAUUUUCCUUUGCCAUUGGUUUGGUUUUUUUUUGUUUUUGUAUUUUUUCUCUCUGAUUGUGUUCCUGAAUUACCGGCUAAGAGCCGAUUGGUGUCUGAAAUGAAAUUAUGAUACGAGAAGGUUGAGUUGAAAAUUCAUUUGGAAGAUAGAAGUUUGAAGCCAACGGCGAGGUAUGCUAAUUUAGUCAUCGAGCAGCUACGGGACGAAUUUUAAGAAAAAGGGAAAGCAGCGAAACAUAAUUUGAACAAACCGAGACGAGAUGACAGACACCAGAAGAAGAGUCAAGCUUUAUGCUUUAAACGCAGACAGACAGUGGGACGAUCGUGGCACUGGACAUGUUUCCUCAUCAUAUGUCGAUCGACUCAAAGGCAUUUCCUUACUCGUCCGAGCCGAGAGCGACGGUUCGCUCUUGCUGGAAAGUAAAAUACAGCCGGACACGGCGUAUCAAAAACAACAGGACACCUUGAUAGUAUGGUCAGAAGGGGACAACUUUGAUCUUGCGUUGAGUUUUCAAGAGAAAGCUGGCUGCGACGAAAUAUGGGAGAAAAUUUGUCAAGUACAGGGUAAAGAUCCAUCGGUGGAAAUAACUCAGGAUAUAGUGGAGGAGUCGGAAGAUGAGAGAUUCGAUGAUAUGUCAGAUUCGGCGCCGCCGAUCGAAUUGCCCCCUUGCGAGUUGGGUCGUUUGGACGACAUAAACGAAUUGAUCGGUAAUUGUUUGUCAUCGCCGAUGAGAAAAGAAAAAUUGGCAAUGGCACUCGAGACAGAAGGCUACAUUCGGAAAUUAUUAAAUCUCUUUCACACGUGCGAGGAUCUUGAGAAUACGGAGGGAUUGCAUCAUCUCUACGACAUAUUCAAAAAUAUUUUCCUACUAAACAAAAAUGCCCUUUUUGAGGUAAUGUUCAGCGACGACACGAUAUUCGACGUGGUAGGAUGCCUUGAAUACGAACCAUCCUUACCGCAGCCAAAAAGACAUCGGGAAUAUCUACGUCAAUUAGCGAGAUUCAAACAGGCAAUACCAAUAACAAACGCUGAAUUAUUAGCGAAAAUACAUCAGACUUAUCGUGUACAGUACAUACAGGACGUUGUUCUACCGACGCCGAGCGUAUUCGAGGAUAACAUGCUUAGUACACUGAGCAGCUUCAUAUUUUUCAACAAAGUCGAGAUAGUGACCCUGAUACAGGACGAUGAGAGAUUUCUUACGGAGUUGUUCCGUCAAUUGACCGACGAGUCGACCUCGAUCGGUAAGAGACGGGAAUUGGUACUGUUCCUCAAAGAGUUUUGUAAUUUUUCACAAAAUCUGCAACCACAGGGAAAAGAAGCCUUUUAUCGUACACUAACCGCACUCGGGAUAUUACCCGCUCUUGAAAUAACACUGGCGAUCAACGAUGCACAAACAAAAACCGCAAGUAUAGACAUACUCACGUAUAUCGUCGAGUAUUCACCGAGCGUCGUAAGAGAUUACACCUUACAGCAGAUCAAUAAUACGGAACAGGAACAAAUGUUGAUAAACGUCGUUGUUGCACAACUGGUCGGCGAUACAGAUCCGGAAUUAGGCGGUGCCGUACAGUUGGCCGGUGUACUCAGACUCCUCCUCGAUCCGGAAAAUAUGCUCGCAUCCGUCAAUAAAUCUGAGAAAACUGAUUUUCUCAAUUAUUUUUACAAAAACAGCAUUGUUACCCUUAUCGAGCCUCUGCUCGCCAACACGGUCGGUGACAAACCUUCUCGCGAAGAUUACAGGACCGUACAAUUGCUUGGGCUCAUACUCGAACUUUUGUCAUUCUGCGUCGAGCAUCACAUGUACCAAAUUAAAAAUUGCAUUUUGAAUAAGGAUCUACUUAGGAGAAUACUUAUACUCAUGAAAUCGACACACACCUUUCUCGUACUGUGCGCACUCAGGUUUAUGCGUAAAAUCAUUGCGCUCAAGGACGAAUUUUACAACCGAUACAUUAUCAAGGGCAAUCUUUUCGCACCCGUUUUCGACGCUUUUGUACGUAAUAACGGCCGAUACAAUCUUCUCGAUUCGGCCAUCCUUGAAAUGUUUGAAUUUAUCAAAUUGGAGGAUAUCAAAUCUUUGUGUUCGCACGUCGUGGAAAAUUUCUCUAAAGAAUUGGAGGCCAUUGAUUAUGUUCAAACGUUUAAGGCGCUCAAAUUGAGGUACGAACAGCAUCAAGAUAAACUUAAGGACCGCGAUAGAGCGACUCUGAGCUUGGAGAGUGUACCCUCGAUAUUGAGAAACAGUCGGUAUCGACGAGAUCAAAGGCAACUCGACGAGGACGAAGAGAUGUGGUUCAACGACGAGGAAGAUUUCGACGAAGGCGAGGCGGUUGUGCCGGCUGCCGCGGCUGAUCUCGUGCCCCCUGCCUCGGCUAAGAAACAACCACCUGCACCAAAUCCAGCUCCAAAUCCAAUGCCUACAGAUACGAAGGGCCAACAACAGACCGUUUUGAAUAACAAUACUACUGCCAAUAAUAAUUCAUCGGUCCAACAGUUGCAAAUAAACAACAGUGCGCCGACGGUUAAUGAAACGUCAGUAUCCCCAACGGGGAUCAUAGCCGGUUCAACGGACGGCGCUCCUCUCGAAAAAGCAGCGAGUUUGGUUGAUUACGAGGGUGACUCGGACGAGGAGGAGGACGACUCGGAGCUGAGUCCUUCACCGAAGAGACAACGGCUGUCAUAGUAGACGAAUCACAGGACAGCAGCACGUGUGCUGCGUUUAUCGAUCGCCGUUACAGUUACACCCCCGAUGAGACCACCCCGAGUCGAUCAAACAUUGUUUUGAUCCCGUUGUUAUAAACGGGAAUGAUGAGAAAAAACAGGAGACUAAAUAAAUAAAUAAAACAAACAUACGAACGGAAGCGCGCCAAUCGGAACACUCGAUGCAAAAUGAAGUAACGACGUAGAAUCAUUUGGAAAAAAAAAUCCCGGAAGAAAAACUGUUUGGUCAAUUUGCGAUUGGUUGGAUUUUUAAUUGGGGACCGCUUUUUGAUUGAAGAGAGAUAAAAAUGAAAUGGACAAGAGCAAGAAAAUUGAAUAGCCGUAGUGUGUAGUGAAUGUUUGCACGCGUGUCUGUGCUAAACGGUGUACAGUAAGAGAAGAAAACGAACAGAACAAACGACGGAGGUUAGAAGGUGGAACGUGGUACGGACAAGUCUGGAGAAUGAGGAGAAAAUUGUGGAAACAAACGAGAACGAUCACGAUGGCGGUAGAUGAUGAUGAUGAUGAUGAUGAUGACGAUGAUGGCGUUUGUAAAACGGAAAAGAUAAAAAACACAAGGAACUUUGAAUUUUCUUAAUAAGGUAAAUAAGGAAUUUACACGCUAUUGUACAAGUACGUUGUGUAAAGAGAUAGUAAAUUUGAAGAAAAACCGUAGUUUAUUCGAAUGGUUUGGAAGGCCCCGCGCAACGCCGAAUGAAACGUAAACAAAAAAGCCCCUCUCACGAAACGAGAUAAACCCAAGCAAAUUUUUAAUGAAAAUUAAAUACGAAAGAAAUAAAGCUAAUCGUAAAAAAAAAACAAGAUAAGUAUAUAAAUAAUGAAUAAAAAUAUGGGGAAUGGGGACGGUAGGAGAGCAUGAAAAAACGUGCGCGGGCUUUAGUCUCGGACAAAAUAAUUGCAGCUCGGAAUCGAUGCGUCAUGCGCGAUUGCAUAAAUUUUUUGUUUCUUUUAUUUUUUAUUAUUCUCCGCCUCGAAAAAUAUAUUCACGAUAACCCACCAAAACAUCGCGUCCUUCCACAGCGCGAGAAUAAAAUAUUCAUAUCGUUAAAUAGUGUAUACCAUAAUUUUUUUGCUCUUCAUUUCUUUUUAGAUAUACUUAUAUAAACGGCAAAUGUAACGAGAAAAACAAAAACAAAAAAAAAGAAUUCACGGGCUAGUCGAGACAUUAUCGAGAAAUCGGUACGAUCGUUACCCUUUCGGAAGCAUGUUCGAUGUAUUGAGAAAGGUUUAUAUAUCUGCUUCAUGAAGUUGCAGACGUACAGGGCUGUGUCAAGAUCACGGCACUUUCCAACCGAUCUCCCGUUGAUCUUGACCACGGUAUAAUUUUCAUUAUUCCGUUUGCCUUUUCUUUUUUUUUUAUUGACACCGCGACAUCUUUUGAUCGCUCCUUCUCGUUGUUCCCAUGGCAUCUCAGAACCUGCAAGACUAUAAGAGAAUUCCAAGAACCCACACAAAAGUAAGGAUGAACCUUCGAAUACGUUAUAAAAUCAAAUAUAUAUAUAUAUAUACACACAUCAUAUACAUUUCUAUGUAUAAAAAAAUAACAUUGACAAGCAUCGCGAUUUUCGAAUGUCUUCUUCAUUUAAAAUAGACUGGAGGAAGAAUUUUUUUUCUUGGAGUCGAACGUAGCGAUCGUUCGUAGCGGUCCAAUUGCAGAUUCAGAAUGUUGUAAUAAUCAGUGUACACAUUUUUCAUAUUUGUACAUCGACUCGUGUAACGUCCACUGGGUUUUCGCGCCAAAUAAAAGAUAUUAUAAAGAAACGAGUUGAAGAACCAUCACUGACCGACAUAUGCGCGUUCUAAUUCUGCCUUACGAGGAUCCCUGCGUUCUUCUCCGGAAAUUACGCGUCCAAGAAUUAUCAUAUGAAAUUCCUGCAAACUUUUCGUUCGCUCUUUGCAACGAUUUCUUUCCUUUUUUCAUUCAAUUUUUCUUUUCUUUCUUUUUUUUUUUUUUUUUUUUUGCAACGAAUAAUCAAUCAUCCGGUACAGAGAUAUUGAAUGGGAAAAGAUCGUUGAUAGACAAGAAACCAAGAAAAUAAUCGUAAGAUAAAAAUGUACAGAUUUGUAAUGGCAUUUCUACUCUUAAGAAUAUCCGAAAAUUCACGGUCUUUUCGAUCAUCGGAAUGCAACAGAUAUUUGUUUUCUUCGCGCUUGCUGUAACCGUGACGGAAAUAGGCAGGAGCAGCAGAACCGAACAACAAAAUUAUUGAACUUUCGAACGUCAAUAAUGAAUUUGUGCACAUAUAAAUGUAAUAAAAUAAAAAAAAAGGAUCGAUAACGCGUACGCAACAAGAAAAAAAAAUAAUCGGCAUACAAUACGGAAAAAAAAGUCCCGCGGAGCUCGAGUUGCGAUCAUAGACAUUGUAACAAAGAUUAUCCAUUAAAUUAGCUCAUUAGUUGUCACGUUGAAGCAUAACGCUCAUCCUGCUUCCAACAUCAAGGCCCGGCUCAUGUAUUUUACAACAAUCUUUACGAGUCGUCUAGGAAUGGGAGAGAACAAAAAAAAAAUAAUCCUACAAACACACACGCGCGAGCGUCAAAAACCUCACCGACAAACGCUCUAACGACACUAACGUACAACAACAACAAAAACAAACGGUAUGAAUUUUGUCCUAGUGAUAAAUUGAGAGGGGGGGGGGGGGGGGGGGAGGAGGAAAACAAGUGCGCGUGCCGAGAGAAGUGAAUUUUAUGAAGAAAAAAACGAAUAAUAGUAGUAAUGAUAUUAAUAUUAUUAAUAAUAAUAAUAAUAACAAUAACAAUAAAAUAAUAAUAAUAAUCGUACAAAGUGUUUCGGGCGUUAUUGCGAAUGAUCGUACCCGUUUGAAAAAAAAAAAACAAACCAAAUUGAAACUCAACCAUAUUUCGCAUACAACCAAUUAAACACAAAUUGUUGGUAAAUUUACCGUUCUCAUUUUGAAUUCGACGACGCGUUUUUUCGCGAAGGCAACUUUUAUCAAGUUACUAUACGCAUCGAGUAUUACGCGUUAAAGCGUUUCAACCUAUUUUUUUUUCGUCACCCGCCUUAUCGGUACCGAAGCGAUCACUCGAAAUUUAACAGCCGUUACAUCGAUAUUAAUAUUUAAAUGAAUGGAGGAAAUAAUGAAUGCGAUGUAAAAUAUCAAAUAAAAUUGGUAUUGCGAGCGUUCAAUUAAUACAUAUAUACAUUUUAUGUAUAUAUGAAUCGCCGUAAGGCUUACAUUUUUUCCCCGAACAAAUUCAAACACAAAUUUUUAUAUAAACAAGAAAAGGUGAAUAUUGGUGAGCUCUGUAAGGAAAAGAGUGCGCAAAAAGUAAGCAAAAUUGAAAGAGCAUCGAGUAUUUAUAAGCGAAUCGUAAUAAUUUUCUAUUUCUUUUCCUCUCGUUCGUUACUAAAAUCGUGUCUCGUUCGGUAUUUAUUUUCGAAUUGAACAAUGACAGCCAGUGUGAUUAGCUAUUUAGUUUUAUUUGGAAAAAAAUAAAAAUGGAAACAAAAAAAACAUGCUCGCGCAACGAGUAUCAUCGUUAUGAAUUGUCGAUAAUUUUUCUUUUUUAUUCUUUGCUGUAAAUCUUCAUGCUCUUGGAUAAUGGUUUUUUUUUUCGGCAAUAAAGAGGUAUAUAUAUAUAUACACAGAGUGAUAUGAAUGAGUGUUAUACGAAUACAAGUGUGGUGUAGAAGUGCGAAGAAUAUUUAAUUAAAUAAAAUUCAAAUUUAGAUGAA